AUGAGAUUAACGGGCUGUCGAGCGGAAUCGGUGAAGAUGAGAUUAACGGGCACCAUGCUGGCUGCGGGUGACGACUCGGGCGCCGUGAGGAUCGUGGAGGUGCAGAACGGGAAAGUUGUCCGCACGCUGCGCAGACACACAAACAUCUGCUCAUCUGUCGCCUUCCGACCGCAAAGACCGCAAAGCCUGGUGUCUGCUGGACUCGACAUGCAGGUGCUGCUGUGGAACCUGCAGAAGACUCGGCCGCUGUGGGCAGUGGACCUGCAGGACUCCCAUGAGCAGGCGGAACAGGCGGGUCGUCCCGGUCAGCUGUUCAACCCCCCGCUGGCCCACUGCGUGUCCGCCUCCUCCUGUGGGGAUCUGCUGGCCUGCGCUGCCGAGGACGGCCGUCUGCACCUGCUGCGCGUGGGCACAGGGUCUCAUCUGGACCACCAGGGGGCGCUACAGGGCCACAGCCAGGGCGCCUCGCAGGCCCACUUCGUCCACUUCCUGCCGCACCCCUACUGGCUGCUCUCCGCCGGCAACGACGGCCUGGUGGCCCUGUGGGACGUCAGCGCUCACGCGCGCCCCCCGGAGGCCAAGGCCAGCAACAGCAGCCGACCGCCAGCCAGCCGCAGGAAAGCCAGAAUCAGGCCGAAGGGCCGACGCCCACCAGCCACAGCCACGCCCCUGGGGGAGGAGCAUGCAGGAGGCCCAGAGAGUGCAGCCGCGGGGGAGGGUGUGUGUGAGGGGGCCGAGGCGGGUGUGUGUGGGGCAGGCCCAGGGACACAGGAGAGUACCGGACCCGCUCUCAGCUUCACACACACGGACAAAGUGAACUGGGUCUGCCCCGCCCUGCUCCAGGGCACACCCAGCGUGGUGGUGGCCGACCAGAGCGCCGAUCUAUACGUGUACCCCCUGACCCUCUAGUGCUGCCCCCUACUGGCCGACCAGAGCGCCGAUCUAUACGUGUACCCCCUGACCCUCUAGUGCUGCCCCCUACUGGCCGACCAGAGCGCCGAUCUAUACGUGUACCCCCUGACCCUCUAGUGCUGCCCCCUACUGGCCGACCAGAGCGCCGAUCUAUACGUGUACCCCCUGACCCUCUAGUGCUGCC